UUUUUUUCGAAAUUUCAAUGUCAAUGGGGUGCAGCUUAGGGCUUCGUCCUCCUCAGUUCUCCGAGGAUUUAGUUUGGCUUCCUGGUUGGCUUCAGCAACAUCAAGCAGAACCAUUCGAUGAGCACAUAAAGGAAACUCAAAUGCCUUCUGAGCUAGCAAUUAAGGGUUUGAGUUCUUUUCAAGGAAACAUUGGUGUAAGUAAAGAUGCAAAUCUUUUAGCAAGGGAAGAAGGUAGAUAUAACAACUGUCAUUUAUUCUUAUCUGGGGAAAACAGUUCAGAAAUUAGUUUUUCUCCAUCUCCUGGAAAUGUGCUUCAUUUCCAUCUACAUCUUUCAUCAGAUGGAAACUCACAGUAUGGCACUGCUCAACUUUUGGAUUCAUCACAAAAGCUGCUUGAAUCUAAAAAAGUCCUCUCAGUGCAGCUUGCUGAAAAUUCUGUUGGUUCUAGAGAUAAGACCCAUGCCAACAUGCAGUUUAGUGCUGGUGGGCCUAAUUUGUUGCCUCUAAGUUCCGUUCCAGAAACUGUGGAGAAUGUUUAUCCACCAUCUCCAUCCAAUAACAAGGAGAUUGAGAGGCAGUAUGAAAAGAAAUUCAAUUACAGGUUCCUCAAAGGUGCUGAUGUCAAUGAAGCAGUUGAACUUUCUAUUGCAGCAUCUGAAGCAUUGGUUAUAAAUGAAUUAGUGAAGAGUGAGUCAGCUUCAGAAGCACUGCCAACAACAGCAUCUGUACUUGAAGUUGCCCUUCUGGUGAAGCAAGCACGGUUAAAUAUGUUGGAAGAUGCUCUUUGUUGCCCAACCAAGGAGACUGACACAUGUGAUUCUCUUUCUGAGUUGGAUGAUGUUGCCAUGGCUGAUGCAUUUGAAGAUGUUGGGUUAUCUUGUAGUGUCCUUGAUGAUCAGCAUGCUUGUAAUUCGGCUAUGUCUCACAUCAAGGAAACUUUUCUCCCUGAAACUCAUUUUAGAGAUGACAAUGGAUUGAAUUGUACAAAACUCAGGUCUCAACAAGAAUCUUUUGAUUAUAUUUCUAAAAGUAAACAUUUAGAAGACAAUGUGGAAAUGGAUCUGCAGAUAAUAAAUGACUUGCCUCUAGAAUCUCUUGAUUGUGAGAGGCAGAAGAGACUUCCUCAUGAUCCUCUCUCGCAAGAAUCUCUUGAUUGUGAGAGGCAGAAGCAGGAAAAUCCUAAAAGUUUCCCCAAGCGUUUUCUUGGCGAGACGAGCUUUCUCUCUGAAUCAGCAUAUAUUGCCCCAGAUGAGAACUCUUUUGUGCAGAAACAUGAGUCCAAGUCCAAGUUAGGUUCACAGUCAAGCAUGCACUCUGUGGGUUUACCUGACAAAGCUAAUGAGGGAAUAUUUCUUUCUCAAGAUGUUAGAUCUUCGAGUCUAUCUUUCAUUGAUCCUCUUUGUUCUGUUGUUCCUUGUAGUAUUUCUAUAGAAAAUUCCAGUUCAGCACAAGAUAAGAAUCAGAAUGAAGGUGAAAAUAGUAAGGAAAAGUUCUUUCAACCCAUGCCAGAACUUGGAAUGGAGGAUUUGCAAAAAACACUGGACCAAAAUAAUGAACUUGACCAUGGGAAUGAGCAAGCUACAAACACGGUUAAUGUGCAAGGCUCUGGGUUAUCAGUCAGAAGGAAGUUGACCUCACUUAAGACUUACAGCAUGCUUGUGCCUAACUACAUUCCCCUCUUGGAAAGGGGACGCCUUUGCCAUAAUCAGUUUCAAUUCAAAUAUGAUUGGGGACUGCUUUCCUCUGAUCAGAAUAUGAGCAGCACCAAGUAUUCUGAUAAAAGGGGUUUUGAUGAUCUCCUAUGUUUAAGGUCUGUUUCCAAGUGUACUGCUGGUAGAAAUAAUGAGGACAAUAAUGAAAUUGCACUUAACAGGAGUUUAGCUGCAGAAAUGACAAAUGAGGAGAGAAAUGAAACUGCAGUAGGGGUUGAGUUUCUGGUUCAGCCAUUAGAGAAGAGGACUUCACCUCUUGUCGUAAACCAAAGGAGAUGCCAUGGUCUGCAGACUUCUAAACAUUCUGUGAACAAUUUUUCUGGAGAGAAACAUCCCAAGCCUGCUACAGUAACAGGACCUGUUAUUGAGCAUCAAAAGAUCAAAAGUCUUCAAAAGAUUCAAUCUGAAUGCUAUAACUCCAAUGACAAGCAUGUUUUUGUAAGAAAGCGAGUUCGUUUCUCUGAAGCAAAGGACCUGCUCCUGCAGAACAAGAAACUUCAAAAGAUACAAUCUUCACACCAGAACUGCUCAACUGCUAGAGCUACAAGGACGAAAUUGUCCAGACCAGGAUCCAGAGAUUAUGGUGUGAAAAGAUGUCUCACAAAUUUUUGUGUUAAUGUUGGGAAGAGAUUGAUUUUUCAAGGGGUAGAAUUCCUUCUUACAGGAUUUUCUAGUGAGAAGGAAAAGGAAAUUGAGGGACUAAUAUGGAAAUAUGGUGGCGUGGUUCUAUUUGAUAUUCCUUCUCCACCAAUUUCAAGGGGAAAGAGAAGUUCUAUUUGCCAGAAUUUUCCAGUUAUUCUUUGUUUAAAAAAGCUAAAAACUACCAAAUUCUUGUAUGGGUGUGCAGUGAAUACCUUAAUACUGAAAGUUGAUUGGCUUACUGAUUCAAUUGCAGCAGGUUCUAUUAUACCACCUGAGAAGUACAUGAUUCUUUUAAACCGAGCUGAUGCAAUGUGUACCAGCAUUGGGAAGCUAGUUCAUCUCAAUAACAAUAAAUAUAUCUUUGAGAGAGUAGGGAUCAUGCUUCAUGGAAAGCAUAGUUUCUACACCAAAUUCUCAAAAAUAUUCAAGCAUGGAGGUGGGCUGGUGUUUAAAACCCUUCAGUGGUUGGUUCAGAGUCUUGACAAUGAAAAGAUUUUUGUUGGUGCUAUUAUUGCUGAGGAUGAGAGUAGGGUAUCACGUCAUUUGAAACAUUGUGCCUCAGAGCGAGAAAUACCCAUGAUGCCGGCUAGCUGGAUCAUCAAGAGCUUACAUUCAGGAAAGCUCUUUCCUAUUAAGGAGAAAAACCAUUCAUCGCUUUUGCCAACAAAUAAUAUUCCAGAGGCUCCAAUUUCCAUGGACUGGAGUGAAGAAAUAUGAAAUUUACUUCUCCCAUGGGCUCUUGCAAGAUAAAUGCACAAAGUAUUCUGUGGAUUGGUACCAGCUACUAUUGAAACAUAUAAAAGGAUACCAUACUUCUCUUGCUAAGCUGUCCACGGGAGAAAAUAGUAGAGGAUGCUUAAAAUCUUAGCCUGACAUCAACACUCAAAGAUUUUGAACUUUAUGAGAAACAUUAACUAGGGUGGAAAGCCUGGCUUGCUCCAACUUCUCUGAUGCCAGGUUGAUCAAUUUGUUUGGAUUAGCAAUAUAGGGAGCUACAACGGCUUAUUAGUGGCUUAUUUCCUAGCCAGAAGAAAAGAGGGCGGCGGUGGCCGCGUGGGUGUGGGGGGAUGCAGGUAUCAAGAGAACAGUUGAUCUUAUCUGGAAUGAUUGGAUUUUGGAAGUAGAAGGCUCAAAACAGGAAGGAGUCCUGCAAAUAGAUCCCAUAAUAGCAGAGGCUCAACUUCUCAGAGAAGCCAUUGUGCAAAUGUGAUGAUCAAUGACUGGCCUAAAUUUUUUCAAAUGAAACCGUCUUUGGCUUUAAGUGCUCAUAAGUAUCAUUUGUGAAGAUGUAUAUGUUAUACCCCCAGUUGCUGAUGCUGUUAACCAGUCUAGCAUAUUCUCUUUGAUCUCUCUCUCAUGUCAAGGUACACGACUUAAAAAGAUGGAACAGGUGCUGAUCUUCUGUGAAAUAAUCGAGUCAAUAUUGAGUGGGUUGUUUCUUCCCCUUGGAGAGUGUCCAUCUUUGUGAUGCAAUGUAUUAUUCCCAGAAACGAGAGAAGCAAGUUUCUGACUGGAAAAUAUUGUCAUGUACUGCAUGUUAAUGCACACAGAUAAAGCCAGCCAGCAAUGACUAGAUAGGAGCAAUUAGUAACAGAUAUAGAUGUGCAUGUUACAUAGCGUAAGAAAUGUUGAAACAAAAAAGUAAUGACAAUUCCUAGAAUCAUGUAAUCUCUUACAUCUGUACCAUAAUUCCAUUCGUUUGAGAAAUUUAAUGAUUAUUGCCUGGAUAUAAAUUA